UAUCCACACCGUUCAUCCAUUUUUUUAGAUCAUUUUAGAGCAUGAUACAAAAAAAGAUUCAUAUCCAAAGCUUAAGUGGACCACACUAUAAAUAGCAGUGGGACAAUGAUUCUCACCGUUAAAACAUUUGUAGGGCCCCACAUAGCGUUUAUUUUCCAUCCAAUCUCUUGAUAAGGUCACAAAGACAUGAAUGAAGAGGAAAAACAAAUAUCAUAUUGAUCCAAAACUUCUGUGACCGCCAAAAGGGUUUCAAUGGUAGACGUUCAAUCCCACACAGCUUUUUGUAGUGUGAUCCACUUUAUCUUUCGAUCUAUCUUAUUUUUCGGUUCAAGCCUUAGGACGAGCUCGCCAAAUGAAAGGACGGUUUGGAUGUAACACAUAACUCAUGAUGGGACCCACAGAACUUGCUGACGUAAACACACCAGCCAGAUCGGUGGUGUGUGGUACACCAGCCAAUCCUCCGCUUCCGUAUUUGGGUGUUUCACGUUUCAAAACAUCCCUACGUAUUGUUAGAGGACAUAUUCGACUGUAUCCGUUGGAUUUAUCCUCAUGUUGGGUGAUCAAAACCGUUUAUAUGAUGGGCCACAUAGCUGAUGUUAUCUUCCAAAGAAAUCUUCAAGAUUGUAAGGCGGAAAACCUUAGAUCAAUGGCCCACAAACCAACGGUUAAGAGACUGUUCAUAGCGUUUUCGUGUAUCUUUAAACAUCUUUUAUCAAAUGCGUUUAUCCCAUUUGUAAACUCUCCGAGACUUGUGACUGCCCAUCUCAUCCUGGCUACCCCAGAUGUAAGCUGUGGGAGUGGGACUCUUUACUUUCUUCCCCCUAUAAAAUACCCUUCUUUGAUUUUCUCCUCUUAAGUCUCUUUUUACACUUGUUACUCUGGUUUUUAUUCAUACUCUGCCCUAUUUACCAUGUCUGAGGAGAAACACCAUCACCAUCUUUUCCAUCAUCACAAGGAAGAAGAGGCUGGAUCCACCGUUGAUGAUGGUCCAGUUGAUUAUGAGAAGGAAGUGAAGCACCACAAGCACAUGGAGCAACUUGGCGAGCUUGGAGCCGCAGCCGCUGGUGCUUUUGCUGUGCAUGAGAAAAAUAAAGCAGAGAAAGACCCAGAGCACGCAACCAAAUACAGAAUCGAAGAGGAGAUUGCGGCUGCAGUUGCAGUAGGGAGUGGAGGAUAUGCCUUCCACGAGCAUCAUGAGAAGAAGGAAGCAAAGGAAGAAGAGGAAGAGGCCCAUGGAAAGAAGCACCACCAUCUCUUUUAAGAAGUUCUAUUUUAUCUGCUUAGAGCCAGUUCUAUUUUUCAUUCUAGUGACUUUUUUAACGUCAUACUUUUGGUUACAAUUAGUAUUAUUAUUUUAGUCUUCAUCUCAACAUGUUGAGUUUGAUUAGAUUUUAAGAUAUAGUAGACAGACUUUCAUACUCAA